AUGAGCAUAGAGACGCUACUGGAGGCGGCCCGCUUCCUGGAAUGGCAAGCGCAGCAACAACAGAGAGCACGUGAGGAGCAGGAGCGGCUUCGCUUGGAGCGGGAACGGGAGCAAGAGCAGAAGAAGGCCAGUAGCCUGGCCAGAUUGGCACAUUCCCUGCCUGUGGAGGAACCCCGCAUUGAGGCGCCACCCCUGCCUCUGUCCCCGCCGGCACCCCCACCGGCACCCCCACCACCGAUUGCCACCCCCACGCCACUGACUGUCAUUCCUAUUCCCGUAGUGACCAACUCCCCUCAGCCACUGCCCCCACCCCCACCGAUGCCCCCUGCAGCCCAGCCUCUGCCCCUGGCACCUCGGCAGCCGGCCCUGGUCAGCACCCCUGGACUCAGCAUUAAGGAGCCUGCCCCCCUGCCAACCAGGCCGCAGGUGCCCACCCCUGCUCCCCUCCUGCCAGACUCGAAGGCCACCAUUCCAUCCACCGGCAGCCCCAAGCCUUUGCAGCCCCUCCCCACACCCAUCCUGACCAUAGCACCACAUCCUGGAGUCCAGCCUCAGCUGGCCCCCCAACAGCCACCCCCACCCACGCUUGGGACCCUGAAGUUGGCACCAGCUGAAGAAGUCAAAUCCAGCGAGCAGAAGAAGAGGCCUGGGGGGAUCGGAACCAGAGAAGUCCACAACAAAUUGGAGAAGAACAGGAGGGCCCAUCUGAAGGAAUGCUUUGAGACCCUGAAGCGUAAUAUCCCCAACGUGGAUGACAAGAAGACGUCGAAUCUGAGCGUGCUGCGGACGGCGCUGCGGUACAUCCAGUCCCUGAAGAGGAAGGAGAAGGAAUAUGAGCAUGAGAUGGAGCGGCUGGCUCGGGAGAAGAUUGCCACGCAGCAGCGGCUGGCAGAGCUCAAGCACGAGCUGAGCCAGUGGAUGGACGUGCUGGAGAUCGACCGCGUGCUCCGGCAGACGGGCCAGCCUGAGGACGACCAGGCCUCCACCUCGACCGCCUCUGAGGGUGAGGACAACAUAGACGAGGAUAUGGAGGAGGAUCGGGCGGGCCUAGGCCCACCUAAGCUGAGCCAUCGUCCCCAACCGGAGCUGCUGAAGUCCACCCUGCCACCCCCCAGCACCGCCCCCGCGCCUCUGCCUCCACACCCCCAGCCCCACCCAGUGGCCCUGUCUCCUGCCCACCUUCCUGUGCAGCAGCAGCCGCCACAGCAGAAGACCCCUCUGCCAGCUCCUCCUCCCCCACCGGCUGCCCCUGCCCAGACGCUGAUGCCAGCUCCAGCCCAUUUGGUGGCCACGGCUGGGGGCGGCUCCACAGUCAUUGCCCACACGGCCACUACCCACGCCUCAGUCAUCCAGACUGUGAACCACGUUCUACAGGGGCCGGGUGGCAAGCACAUCGCCCACAUAGCCCCCUCGGCCCCCAGCCCUGCUGUGCAGCUGGCACCUGCCACACCCCCCAUUGGCCACAUCACAGUGCACCCUGCCACCCUCAACCAUGUGGCCCACCUAGGCUCACAGCUGCCCUUGUACCCACAGCCUGUGGCGGUGAGCCAGCCCGUGGCAGUGAGCCACAUCGCCCACACCCUCUCGCACCAGCAAGUGAAUGGCACAGCUGGGCUGGGGCCCCCAGCCACCGUCAUGGCAAAGCCAGCUGUUGGGGCUCAGGUGGUCCACCACCCCCAGCUGGUGGGUCAGACAGUGCUCAACCCUGUGACCAUGGUCACCAUGCCCUCCUUCCCAGUCAGCACACUCAAGCUGGCUUGAGGAUGAGGCCACUCAGAGGCCCCCAGUGGGGGCAGGGAGGGGGACCUAUCCCCCACUGUCCCACCCACCAGCUCCACACAUUCCAGCCAGGUCCAGGCCCGCCCCCCCCACACCCACCCCCAGGCCUCCUAGGGGAAGGGGGUGCAGAGACUCUGAGCCAGGGGAGGGCGGGGCCGCCCCAGGGAGUUGGGCACAGGGCAGGGACUUACCCUGCUGCACUAGGACUUGAUAAAAUGACUGAUGAGAGAUACUCUGAACGUGCCGCCUGUCCGGCCUGGUGCCAGCUCCAAUGCUGUUCCUGCUUCCCCACCCUGUCCUCUGAAAUCAGUGCGAUGUGACUGUCAUGUUCUCUGACUUCUUCCCUCCCCUGCCCGCCUUCCCGUGCUGC